ACCAUACUCAUUCAACCAAAUCCAGCCAUGUCUGGUGAUGAGGAAGAAGCUCCCCCUGAAGUCCAUCACUACGAGCACCGGGGCGAAGUGCCAUGGGACAUUCAAAACUACUGGGCUCAACGCUACGAUAUCUUCUCCAGGUACGACGAAGGAAUCUGGCUAACAGAUGACGCAUGGUUUGGCGUCACUCCAGAACUAAUAUCUAUGAAAAUCGCCCUACAAAUCGCCGACGCGGCCUCCUCGGACCGAAAAGUCCUUGUGGAUGCCUUUGCAGGCGCAGGCGGGAAUACCAUUGCCUUUGCUCGGUCUGGACGGUGGAAACGAGUCUACGCCAUCGAGAAAAAUCCCGCUGUGCUGAAAUGCGCCCAACACAAUGCCAAAAUCUACGGGGUCGAAGAUAAGAUCACCUGGUUCCUGGGUGACUGUUUUGACGUGAUCAAGACCCAUUUGAAGGACUUGGGCCCGUAUAGUGUACUCUUUGCGAGUCCGCCCUGGGGAGGUCCUGGAUAUCGAUCAGCGUCUGUCUUUGACCUACAAACAAUGGAGCCUUACUCCCUGGAACAUCUCUAUACGGAAUACUCGGCCUUCACCAAAGAUGUUGUUUUGUAUCUGCCGCGAACCUCUGAUCUCAACCAGCUGGCUCAGAUCGUCCAAGGAAACACCAAGGUGCCAGUAAUGCAUUAUUGUAUCAGGGGGGCGAGUAAAGCUCUUUGUAUUUUUUAUGGCAACUUUCAGCUUUCAUGAUUGGAUUUGAUACCUUUGUUCUAGAUCUAUUUGUAUUUUCUAGGCUUUACCUACUCUACUGUCUUUCUUUGCAGAGAAUGUCAUUGAGGACAUUAUGGUAGAAGAUUAAUUUGUGCGUAUAGUAGCAGUGCCGAUGACAUAUUCAACCACGGCAUCAUUUAGGUCACAAUUUGAAGCCAUCAUAAAAACGACGAAAAAAUGGUAUCUAGAAAUAUUGG